AUGUCGGCAGCCCAGACGGAAAAGGGAGGCCUUUGCGAAAUCUCGCGAGGCUCAGAGGCUGAAAGCUGUCGCGGAAUCCGCGGCUUGGGGCGCUGUGUGGUGCACGCCGCCGCGGCGCUUUGGCCCUGGAACCCGCUUAGGCCAUCGUAUCUCAGCUCCUCGCCAAACGCCCCAGUUCUGAACCGUCCCCCGCGCCUCGCGUUCUUUGUGGUCUGCUCGGCCCUGGCGGGAGUGGAGCUUGCUCGCUCUACUCGCUGCUUCACACCUGAGGAUAUCACUGGAAGAGCCCCAGGCCCAGACAGGGGCAUGGGUGCCGGUACGGGCAUGAGCUUUAUGGGGCUGCCACUUGUUGACCAGAAACACACGAGUGGUCAGAUGGAGGCCAUGGUACAGACCUGCUCGGUGUGCCUACAGGACCUGGACAAUGUGGGGGCCCGGUUCCUACCCGGCCAGCAUUCGCUCUGUAAAGACUGCUUCCAGGGCUUGGUGCAGGAGCUGAGGCAGGUGGCCAAGGUUCUCGGGACUGUCCCAGAUGAACUCAUCUCCUGUCCUGGGUGUAAGCGAGUGUACCUUACCAGGGAUGUAACUGAACAUUUUUUUCUGUGUGCUUCUACUGGGCGAUCCAAGAUGGCCAGGAACUGCUCCGAGUGCAAGGAGAAGAGGGUGGCGCACAUCCUGUGCACCUACUGCAACCGCUGGCUGUGCAGCUCGUGCACCGAGGAACACCGGCACAGCCCUGCCCCCGGGGGCCCGCUCUUUUCCCGGGCCCACAAGGGACCGCCAGGAGUGAGUGGUGGUUCCGGAGACUUCGCCUUGUACUGUCCUCUACACACACAGGAAGUGCUCAAGCUAUUCUGCGAGACCUGUGAUGUGCUUACGUGCCAUAGCUGCCUCAUGGUGGAUCACAAGGAACACAGGUGCAGACAUCUUGAAGAAGUUUUGCAAAACCAGAGGAUGCUUCUAGAAAGUGUGACUACACAGGUGGCUCAUAAGAAAUCUAGUCUACAGACAUCUGCAAAACAAAUUGAGGACAGGAUUUUUGAGGUGAAGCAUCAACACAGGAAGGUGGAAAACCAAAUCAAAAUGGCCAAGAUGGUUCUGAUGAAUGAGCUGAACAAACAGGCCAACGGGCUCAUAGAGGAGUUGGAGGGCAUUACUAAUGAGAGAAAGCGGAAGCUGGAACAGCAGUUACAGAGCAUCAUGGUUCUCAACCGUCAGUUUGAACAUGUGCAGAACUUCAUCAAUUGGGCUGUCUGCAGCAAAACCAGUGUCCCUUUCCUGUUCAGCAAAGAGCUGAUUGUGUUUCAGAUGCAGCGAUUGCUGGAGACAAACUGUAACACAGAUCCGGGCUCCCCCUGGAGUAUCAGAUUCACCUGGGAGCCUAACUUCUGGACCAAGCAGCUGGCUUCCCUUGGCUGUAUAACUACUGAAGGUGGACAGCUGUCCCGGGCAGAUACUCCUGCUUAUGGAGGCUUACAGGGACCGUCAUCCUUUUAUCAAAGCCACCAGUCCCCAGUGGCUCCGCAAGAGACUCUUAGCCACCCCUCGCACAAGUUCCAGUCUCCAGCACUGUGUUCUUCCUCUGCGUGCUGCUCCCACUGCUCCCCAGCCUCGCCCUCCCUCAAAGGCCAGGUCCCCCCACCCAGCAUACACCCAGCCCACGGCUUCAGGCAGCCCCCUGAGAUGGCACUGCAGCAACUGGGGUCUCUGCAGUGCUCUCCCCUGCUGCCCAGGGAGAAGGAGCUGGCUUGCAAUCCUCAGCCCCCAAAGCUGAUGCAGCCCUGGCUGGAAAGCCAGCCACCCGGGGAGCACGAGAACCCAGCCCAGCGGCUCGGGCCGCAGCUGACUUCCCAGCCCAUAUGCAUCGUGCCCCCACAGGAUGUUCAGCAAGGGGCCCAUGCCCAGCCCCCCUUGCAGACCCCCUCUAUCCAAGUGCAGUUCGGCCACCACCAGAAGCUGAAGCUCAGCCACUUCCAGCAGCCGCCGCCGCAGCAGCUGCCCCCCCUGCCCCCUCCGCCACCUCCACCCCAGCAGCCGCCGCCACCUCUACCUCCGCCCCAGCAGCCGGCUUCGAGUCAGCGUGGCAGCCCUCCUGGGCCUGCCUGUUCCCAGAACGUGGAUAUAAUGCACCACAAAUUUGAGCUGGAGGAGAUGCAGAAGGACCUGGAGCUUCUCCUUCAGGCUCAACAGCCCAGCCUACAACUGAGCCAGACCAAAUCCCCUCAGCAUCUUCAGCAAACCAUUGUGGGGCAGAUCAACUACAUUGUGAGGCAGCCAGCGCCCGUCCAGUCCCAGAGCCAAGAGGAUGCUGUGCAGGCUUCAGAGGAGCCCCCAGCAUCGGAAGGCCCAAAGCCAGCUCUCCCUCUUGACAAGAAUACGGCUGCUAGCUCGCCCCAGGCGCCUGGGGAGGAAACCGCUCCCGGUGCACCCGCACUGGACGGCACCAUUCGGCACCCCUCUCCGAAUGUGGUGAGAAAGCAUUCCACUUCAGUGAGCAUCAUGGGCUUUUCCAACACGCUGGAGAUGGAGCUGUCAUCUACCAGGCUGGCAAGGACCCUAGAGCCACAGAUCCAGAGCGUGAGCAGCCUGACUGCUGCCCCUUCCCACAUGGUCCCAAGCCUGCUGAGCGGCACGCCCACAACUGUGUCCGGCCUGAUGAGCGGUCAAAACCAGGCUAUGCCCAGCCUGACAGUCAGUCAUCUGCAGACCAUACCCAGCCUCGUACGCAGCGUACCCCAGCCCAUGCCCAGUCUGAUGAGUGAUUCCUCCCAGGCCAUCCCAAGCCUAGGAAGUAAUCACUUGCCGGCCAGGCCCAACCCGAUGUCCGGUCUCACCCAGACUGUGCCGAGUCUGGCGACUUGUCCUCUGCAGAGCAUGCCUCCAGCAGCUGACAUGCAACCGGAAAGUGGUUCCAGCUGCAGUCCAGGCUCUGGCCGAGCUGGAGGGAGCCUGUGCCCUGCAGAUGGGGCUGACCCCUCUCUUGGGAAUGCCCUGUGUAAGAUGGAAAGUGAGGAUUCUACCCGCUUCACUGACUCUCUGGGACAAGACCCCACAACCCCGGGUCUGGAGGUUUCCAAGGAUGUGGCUAUGCCUGCAGAACUGGAGGAGCCAAUUAACCUCUGUGUGAAGAAACCUCCACUGGCGCCAGCGGUCAGCACAUCCAUGGCUCUGCAGCAGUACCAGAACCCAAAAGAGCAUGAGAGUUUUGAGCAAGGAGCCCUGGAGCUGGAUGCAAAAGAGAACCAGAGUAUCAGGCCCUUCAGUAGUGAGCCUAAGAUUCCCUACGUGCGGCUGGAGCGGCUCAAGAUCUGUGCGGCCUCCUCAGGAGAGAUGCCGGUGUUCAAGUUGAAGCCCCAGAAGAAUGAGCAGGAUGGGAGCUUCCUGCUGAUCAUUGAGUGCGGCACUGAGUCCUCCAGCAUGUCCAUUAAGGUCAGCCAGAACAACCUGCCUAAUGCCGUCCAGGCCCCAAGUCUGGGGGGAAGAAAGGUCACUGUCACUUCUCUGGCUGGGCAGCAGCCCCCAGAGGCGGAGGGCGCAUCUCCUGAGGAACAAAGACUCAUUCCUCGGACCCCUGGAGCCAAGAAGGGGCCCCCAGUACCCAUAGAGAACGAGGACUUCUGCGCCGUGUGCCUCAAUGGGGGGGAGUUGCUGUGCUGUGAUCGCUGCCCCAAAGUGUUCCACCUCUCCUGCCACCUGCCAGCCUUGCUCGGCUUCCCGGGGGGAGAUUGGGUGUGUACCUUGUGCCGCAGCCUGACCCAGCCCGAGAUGGAAUACGACUGUGAGAAUGCCCGCUAUUGCCAGCCUGGGAUGCGGGCCACCCCUGGCCUGAGCGUCUGUGACCAGAAGAAGUGUGAAAAGCUGGUCCUGUCCUUGUGCUGCAAUAGCCUCAGCCUGCCCUUCCACGAGCCCGUUAGCCCACUGGCCCGGCAUUACUACCAGAUUAUCAAGAGGCCCAUGGACCUAUCGAUCAUCCGGAGGAAGCUGCAAAAGAAGGACCCAGCUCACUACACCACCCCGGAGGAGGUGGUGUCCGACGUCCGCCUCAUGUUCUGGAACUGUGCGAAGUUCAAUUAUCCUGACUCAGAAGUUGCGGAGGCCGGCCGCUGCCUGGAAGUGUUCUUUGAGGGCUGGUUGAAGGAGAUCUACCCGGACAAACGUUUUGCCCAGCCAAGGCAGGAGGACUCAGACUCCGAGGAGGUGUCUAGCGAGAGUGGGUAUUCCACUCCCCAGGGCUUCCCAUGGCCCCCCUAUGUGCAGGAGGGCAUCCAGCCCAAGAGGCGGCGGCGACAUAUGGAGAACGAAAGAGCAAAACGAAUGUCUUUCCGCCUGGCCAGCAGUGUCUCCCAGGUGUGA